GUCCGACACCAGUCCAACACAAGUACACAACACAACACACUUUCCUACGUCGUCUGUGCACUCUCUCUUCGAGUUGGCUCAUCUUUACAGUGAUAAAGUCUAUAUAUUUACUCUUCUUUUUAAGUCAAGUUAGAAGAUACUACUACUGUGGAGCUUCUUUCAAACUAGUUAAAGAAUGGAGAAGAAAGCUAUGGUAGUGUGUGUAGUUGUGGGGUUUUUGGGGUUGAUUGCUUCUUCUCUGGCUUUUGCUGCAGAGUUCAAGAGGAUUAAGAGAUCUGAAGUUCAGUUUACAGCUCCGGAUGAGUGUGUAUACCCUAGAAGUCCAGCUCUAGCCCUAGGAUUAACUGCAGCUGUGGCUCUAGUAAUUGCGCAGAUUAUCAUCAAUGUUGCAACUGGUUGUAAUUGCUGUAGAAGUGGAUCUCAUCAAUUAAAUUCCAAAUGGACUUUAGCUUUGAGCUGCUUCGUGGUCUCCUGGUUCACAUUUGUUUUAGCAUUUCUCUUAUUGCUUACUGGCGCAGCACUCAAUGAUCAACGUGGCGAAGAAAACAUGUACUUUGGCAACUACUAUUGCUAUGUUGUGAAACCUGGAGUCUUUGCCGGAGCAGCUAUAUUGUCCCUGGCAACCGUAGUUUUUGGUAUCACGUAUUACAUAACCAUAAUAUCCGCGAAGACAGGAACUGAUCCUUGGGCUGGGCAUGCUGCACCUAGUCAACCCUCCUCCAUAGCCAUGGCGCAGCCUCAGUAUCCUCUAAGUACUUCACAAGAUCCUGUUUUUGUUCAUGAAGAUACCUAUUUGAGGCGGCAAUUUACUUGACAGUUCCAUAGAUGCUGGACCUGUGUUAGAGGAACUGGCAGAUGUAUUCUGGAUAACUUUUACUUUUAGGACAAAAGAAAUGUAAAUUCAACAGCUAACCUACAGCAAAAAAUUUGCACCGA